CCAGCUGGGGUGUGGCGCGAAACACGAUCUUUACACCUAGGUCCCCAGGUCCAAAAGUCAUGUGUGCCUAGCUCGCUGAUCCCAGGCUCGGCACGUACCGCACGUGUGGCUGGUGGAUCUAGGGUAUAGAACGAGAACAGAAGUCACAGGUGUGUCUGUAUCUUGAGUGACAGUAGGAACAUGGCUACCACCUUAGAAACUGAUGUUGUGGUGAUUGGAGCUGGAAUAUCAGGUGUGGUUACAGCCAAAUGCCUCCUGGAUGUGGGGUUAAAGGUCAAAGUUCUGGAGCGUACGGGUGAGGUCGGCGGGCUGUGGACGUUCCGAGACAAGGUCGGAUACGGGGUCAUGAGAUGUACGCACAUAAACGUCUCGAAGCACAACUACUGCUUCUCUGACUUCCCGUUCCCAGACGACGUCCCAGACUAUCCACACCACUCCCACAUGGCCAAGUACAUCACUGACUACGUCAUGCACUUUGGCAUCAACAAGGUCAUCAGCUUCCAGACACAGGUCAACAAGAUGGAGAGAAAAGAUGACAAAUGGGUUGUCACGGCGACCAGAGUGGAGGAUGAUGGGAAGGGAGGAUGGACCACAGGGGAGGAGGAGGUAUAUGUCGCCAAGUUUGUUGCCAUAGCAACAGGGCAUCAUGUGACCCCCAGCCUCGCAAAGUUUCCCGGGCAAGAAACAUUCAAGGGUGAGUUGAUUCACAGUGCAGACUACAAAGACCCCAUCACUAACCGGUUGGUGGGGGGGCGGGUACUGGUGGUGGGGAUCGGCAACAGUGCUGUGGAUGUGGCAGUGGACGCUGCUACAGUGGGAAGGUGUCGUAAGGUGUACCUGAGUACGCGGUCCGGCGCCUGGGUUCUCCCCAACUACGUGUUCGGCCGGCCCACGGACCACUACGCCUGCCGUACCUUCCUCUGGUUACCAUGGAAACUGGCCACAAACGUCCUGGAAACUGUGGUGACACUCAUUCAUGGCAACCCUUACAGAUGGGGGCUGAACCCGAAGAUGAGAGCUCUGCAGACCCAGCCUACAGUCAGCCCCACCCUGAUCCACAACAUACAACGCAACAAUGUCACCAUCAAACCCAACAUCACAAGGUAA